AUGUGCAAUUGCUCAUCUUCCUUGUUCCUUGCGCUUCCCGUUCUCGAUGCUCGACCCAGUUCAGAAAAUUGCAGAUUGAGACUCAGACGGAUUCAACAUUCCAUCAUCAAUACCUCAAUCCAUGGAAUUGAAACAGGAGCUCGAUCUUGUUUUGGUGCGAUUGAUUCGGAUAACUUUGCCUUUCUGGAGAAAUUCAGGUUUAGAGUGAAAUCGAGUGAAGAAGAUGUAGUGCUGCAUGAUACAGUUGAUAGUGCAGGAGAAAGUGAUUUGAUCCAGCUAGUAGGUGAAAAUGAUCCGAGAAACACUGGCUCGAGAGGAUUCAAACAGACGACGACGAGAUCGAAUCUUGUUGCUAAGCAAGUUAUUAGCAUACAAUCAGCACUGACUUUAGGGUUUAUCUCUCAGUUGUGGGUUGACACUACUUCUUGGUUGGUUUUGGUGGUUGAUGUUAAACCCAGUUUGCUAUCUGGAGAAUCUGACAGAUUCCUACUCAAAGACAUUGCUCGGGUGGGUGAUGUUGUGCUUGUGGAAGACGAGGCUGUACUGGAUACUGAAUUUAGGAUGGUUGGACUUGAGACACUGGUAGGUUACAGAGUAGUGACACCAGGAGGGAGAAGCAUUGGAAAGGUUCGGGGUUACUCAUUCAACAUUAACUCGGGUAUAGUUGAAUCGCUUGAGCUCGAUUCUUUCGGGGUAAGUACAUACAGAUUAGAUGUCGAGGACAUAAUCGAGGUCUUAGAAGACAUAGUUGUCGUUCAAGAAGCUGCAGCUUCUAGAAAACAGAGGUUGACUAAGGGACUCUGGGAUGCUCAAUUUGGUAGUGAAUACUCUGAUAUUGAAGAGCUUGAAAGUUCAUCAUCUGACAGAAGAAGGCAAAGGAGAAGCAAUAGAUCCAAUCGCAAGAAGAGAGAUUUGGACGAUGACGAAUGGGACAUAUUCCGCUACAAGUCAUCAUGCAUUCAUUGUUUGCCAUUCAUCUUUGGUUAUGUUUGA